AUGACGCUAUUGGAAAACAGCCUUGAAAUGUCUCUUGGAAGGGUUGCAUAUCCUCCAGGGUUACAAUUCAAGAAUUUGGAACCUGUUACCAGGCCGAGAACUCUUAGCUUUCCCUUUACAUUUGAUCUUUUUCAAGAAGGUGCUAUUCUAUGUAUUGAAUAUAAUGAACCGGUUAUGGCUGCAGCUAAUACUUCUGCCGGCAAAACAGUAGUAGGAGAGUACACAUAUGCCAUUGCUAAAGCCCUGGGUGAAAAGCGUCGAGUAAUCUAUACAACUCCUAUUAAAGAUCUUAGCAACCAAAAGUAUCGGGAGUUUUUUUUAGGAGUUUGA